AUGGCGGCAAAGGGUGACUUGUUUAUUGGCCUGUCUGGCAAGUUUGAACACCGGUGCCGACGUGCCUUGCGACGAUGGCGAGUACCAACCUGCGCGGGGAUCUGUGCUGCGAUAGCGCUUCUGGUCUACUUGCCGGGAGAUGUGACGCUUCAGACGAGCUCAGCUGUCCAAGAAAGUUUCUUCGAGGGGCUCCAACAAUGCCAUGCAGAUGGCCAAGGCAGGCAACGGGAAACAGUUCCAUCGAGCGCCAGACCAAAUCCACGAUGGAAUGCGGCCAUCGGGCAAGCAAACCCAGUCGUAAUCCAGAACGCAUCCUUGUUCGAUGGAGCAACAUUUCUUCCCGACUCUGUGGACAUCAUCUUCGAUGCCGGCGUGAUUCGUUCAGUGGUUCCCUCUGGGUCAGGCGAUGCUUUCCCACAUGACGCCCAUAUCAUUAAUGUUCAGGGGAAACACGUAACCCCGGGCCUGGUUGAUAUGCACUCCCAUCACCUAGAAAGUCCCUUUCCAGCUCUAUCUGGCACCACCGAUAUAAACGAGCGCCCUCUACUAGGACCGAUCACACCUUUCAUUCGCGCACUGGAUGGAUUUACCCCUACGGACCCGGCAAUUCAACUUAUUGCGUCCGGCGGCGUAACGACUUCCCUCAACCUCCCUGGAUCGACCAAUAUUGUUGGUGGUCAGGCGUAUCCAAUGAAGAACCUUCCAUUUUCUGGUCAGGAUAGAGAGCCAGUAAUCGAGGAGCUUCUCCUGGAGUAUGGCAUUCCAGAAUCCCAGAGACAGCGAUACCUCAAGAUGGCAUGCGGCGAGAACCCACGGCGCUAUUAUGGCUAUACCAGACUUGGUCUUGCCUGGCUGUUGCGCGAGAAACUCGCUGAAGCGCAGGAGAUACAGAAGCAACAGGCUAAGUGGUGUAGCGCCGCGUUUGAGGUUGAGGGACGGAGUAGACUCAGGCAGAGUCGGCAUAUUUCUAGCUUUCUCCAGAAUCACGGGCCACGGCCGGAUUCGUUUAAGCUGGAGACAUUAGUCGCUCUUCUUCGUGGAGAGGUUAAUCUGAAUGUCCAUUGUUAUACUCCCGAGGACCUAGAGACCAUGCUCUCGGUGCUGCAUGAGUUUGGAAUCCAUCCGCAGGCGUUCCACCAUGCAUUGGAGGCCUGGCAGGUUCCUGAAUGGUUGAAAAGGGCGGAGCGAAAUAUUACCGUCGCAACCUUUGCGGAGAAUGCCUUAUACAAGGCUGAGGCCUACGGAGCGAAUCUCCGAGGGCCGAAGAUCCUCCACGACCAUGGAAUCAAGGUUGCGUUGAAAUCGGACCACACUGGAGAGAGCCAAUACGCGAAAUACCUUCUCGACCAAGCCUCAAUAUCUCACUCCUUCGGCUUACCGGCCGUGGAGGCUCUCAAGGCAGUGACUUCCAUACCAGCUGAAUCAAUCUACCAAGGUCACCGCAUCGGAUAUGUGCGUCCCGGGUACGAUGCCGAUAUUGUCAUCUGGAACGACCAUCCGCUUCAGGUAGGCGCGACACCUGUGCAGGUCUUCAUUGACGGCCGUCCUCUCCUACCGGGGCAGGACAGCGCAGUAAGCCAGGUAGCGAGUGGCUCAUCUGAUGGAGAAUCCGGGGUAAGCGCAGCACCGGCAAUCCGCCCAUUCCCUGAAGUCGGCGAGCGGGCUGAGUUAUGCUCCCGCGUACAAGAGUCUCAAGGACCUGUUCUUUUCACGGGGGUUCAAAAGGUACUCGUCGAUCAUCCGAGAAUUGAGACAGACGAGAACGGUCAAGGGAAUACCGAGCCGCUGGUCUACCUAAUCAGACGCAACGGCGAUUCCUGCGUAGGGACAAAGUCAACCUGUCUGACAGACUACAAUCCUUCAUCAGCAAACAUCACCGAAAUUCCCCUCAAGAACGGAUACAUCACACCAGGCCUCAUCGCCUUCGGCAACAACCUCGGGGUCCAAGACAUCCCAUCUGAGCCUUCUUCGGGCGACGGCUCGGCGGGGACAAACGGUGAUGCACUCAACGAAGCUAAGACCGUGCAUUUCGCCAAGUACAGCGCCCACUUGCACGGCAAGGCAUUUGAUAGAGCGAGGAUCGGAGGGGUCACGAAGGCGAUUAGUCCGCCGCAUGGAAGCGGUGUUGUCCAGGGUGUCAGUGUCGGGAUAAGCACUGCUCCUGAUGCGACUAUUCUGGAAGGUGGGGUUUGGAAAGACGAGGUUGCCCUCCAUCUUGUUGUUGGGCAGGGGGCGAGGGAUGGCGAUACCCCGACUGUUGGCUCUGGCAUCGAAGUCGUGCGUCGGAUACUAGAGCACGGCCGCAGUAAAGAGGGAGCGAAGAGUGGUGGUGUCUAUGCUCGCGCUGCAAAUGGGUCUCUUCCCGUGGUUGUGCAAGCUUUGCAUCAGGAUGACAUCGCCCAGUUAAUCCUCAUCAAGAGGGACUUUCCGUCAAUUAACCUGGUUAUUUAUGGUGGUCAUGGCGCUGCGCUAGUCGCAAAACCCCUCGCAGAAGCAAAGAUCCCGGUAAUCCUAACCGGCAACCGCGGCGCCCCAGACACAUGGGAAAAGAAGAAUUCACUCCCUGGCCCUCCGCUAAGCGGUAUCCCCGCCAAGGUCCUGCUCGACGCCGGCGUCCAACUUGGACUGGCUGUCCAAGGAGACUCAAAACUCCAUGGGUUAGCAAGAGAGGCGCGCUGGGCGGGGAAGCAUGCAGGCCUUGAUGAGGAGGAGGCGAUUGCGCUCGUGUCGUCGAAUCUGGAGAGUAUCCUGGGAUUGCAGCGUGUUGGAAGCGAGGGCAAGAGAGGGGACUUUGUUGUCUGGGAGGGGAAUCCGUUGAGAGGGGAAGGUUCGGUUGUGGCUUCUGUGAGCGAUAGAGGUGUUGUCGUUGAUUGUUGGCCUGAUGAUGGUUCAAGUUGA